GCGAAUUGCAAGCAUUGCCUGCAAGCUCCUCGAACCCAGCACUUGAGCCAAGUAAUUCAGUCAACCCAACUCCAAGAUGAAGUUCACCAUUGCCAUCGCCUUCACCUGCCUUCUUGCCUGCGUCCUGGCAGCUCCUCCGGCCAGCCAGCAGGAAGCCCAGGUGCUCCGUUUCGACAGCGACGUCCAGCCCGAGGGCUACAAGUUCGCCGUGGAGACAAGUGACGGCAAGUCGCACCAGGAGGAGGGCCAGCUGAAGGACGUGGGCACUGACCACGAGGCCAUUGUGGUCCGCGGAUCCUACGCCUAUGUGGGUGACGAUGGCCAGACCUACACCAUUAACUACCUGGCUGAUGAGAACGGAUUCCAGCCGGAAGGUGCCCAUCUGCCCAGGGCUGUUCAAUAAUUCGAAUCCAGACUCCCACGAGGAACCCGAUCGAAAGUCCUUCGCCAAUCUAGUUCCAGUCCAGCAUAAUUGUGUUAACUAUGUUUAAGUUUCAGCUGAAAAGCAUCAAUGUAAUAAAAUAAAAUCACUCAUUUCAUGAA